AUGAAAAGAUGUUCCCCUGUCCUCAACACUGCUAAUGGGGUAGCUGUCGGUGAAGAAACUCUUCCAAUUUGGAAGGAACACUUCAAGACCUUGCUGAACCGGCUAGCACCGUCAGCUCCUGAACUCGAACACGUUCAUAGACCAACAUAUGCGGUUAACGAGGAGCCACCGAUCGAGUCGGAGGUCCUGGUCUGUAUUCAGAAAAUGAAGAAUGGAAAAUCUGAUGGAGACGACGGGAUUAGCGCAGAAAUGCUAAAAUAUCUUCCUCCGUCUGGGAUUUGUGAGAUGACAAAGAUCAUCCGUUCAAUAUGGAUAGACGAAAGGAUGCCUGAUUCGUGGAGAGACGCUAUCAUAAUUCCCCUCCACAAGAAGUUCCGUCACGGACCCAAGGAAUUAUCGAGGAAUCUCAUUGCUGCGUGUUAUGUACAAAGUACUGGAGCGCAUUAUCCUGGACCGACUCAUUAA